GAAGAUGCUGGCCUACUGCGUGCAAGAUGCCACGGUGGUGGACGUGGAGAAGCGGAGGAACCCCUCCAAGCACUACGUGUACAUCAUCAAUGUGACCUGGUCCGACUCCACGUCCCAGACCAUCUACCGGAGGUACAGCAAGUUCUUUGACCUGCAGAUGCAGCUUUUGGAUAAGUUUCCCAUUGAAGGUGGCCAGAAGGACCCCAAGCAGAGAAUCAUCCCCUUCCUUCCAGGCAAAAUCCUCUUCCGGAGAAGCCACAUCCGGGAUGUAGCUGUGAAGAGGCUGAAGCCCAUUGAUGAGUAUUGCCGGGCACUUGUCCGGCUCCCCCCGCACAUUUCACAGUGUGAUGAAGUCUUUCGGUUCUUUGAGGCCCGACCGGAGGAUGUCAACCCCCCGAAAGAGGACUAUGGCAGUUCCAAGAGGAAAUCAGGUGCCGACACCAACGCCGAGCCCAUGAUCCUGGAACAGUACGUGGUGGUGUCCAACUAUAAGAAGCAGGAGAACUCGGAGCUGAGCCUCCAGGCCGGGGAGGUGGUGGAUGUCAUCGAGAAGAACGAGAGCGGCUGGUGGUUUGUGAGCACCUCUGAGGAGCAGGGCUGGGUCCCUGCCACCUACCUGGAGGCCCAGAAUGGUACUCGGGAUGACUCAGACAUCAACACCUCCAAGACUGGGGAAGUAUCCAAGAGACGCAAGGCCCAUCUGCGGCGUCUGGAUCGCCGGUGGACCCUGGGCGGGAUGGUCAACAGGCAGCACAGCCGAGAGGAGAAGUACGUCACUGUGCAGCCUUACACCAGCCAAAGCAAGGACGAGAUUGGCUUUGAGAAGGGCGUCACUGUGGAAGUGAUCCGGAAGAAUUUGGAGGGCUGGUGGUACAUCAGGUACCUGGGCAAAGAGGGCUGGGCGCCAGCCUCUUACCUGAAGAAAGCCAAGGACGACCUGCCAGCCCGCAAGAAGAAUCUGGCAGGCCCAGUGGAGAUCAUUGGGAACAUCAUGGAGAUCAGCAACCUGCUGAACAAGAAGGCGUCAGGGGAUAAGGAGACUCUGCCGGCCGAAGGCGAGGGCCCUGAGGCCCCCGUCACCAAGAAGGAGAUCAGCCUGCCCAUCCUCUGCAAUGCCUCCAGUGGCAGUGGCCUGAGCAUCCCUGAGCGGAAUGUCUCCAAGCUGGCCCAGGGCUCACCAGCUGUGGCCAGGAUUGCCCCACAGAGGGCCCAGAUCAGCUCCCCGAACCUAAGGACAAGGCCUCCACCUCGCAGAGAAUCAAGCCUGGGGUUCCAGCUGCCCAAGCCGCCAGAGCCCCCUUCUGUUGAGGUGGAGUAUUACACCAUUGCCGAAUUCCAGUCGUGCAUCUCUGAUGGAAUCAGCUUUCGGGGUGGACAGAAGGCGGAGGUCAUCGAUAAGAACUCGGGCGGUUGGUGGUACGUGCAGAUUGGUGAGAAGGAGGGCUGGGCCCCUGCGUCAUACAUCGAUAAGCGCAAGAAGCCCAACCUGAGCCGCCGGACGAGCACGCUGACCCGGCCCAAGGUACCCCCACCAGCACCCCCCAGCAAGCCCAAGGAGGCCGAGGAGGGUCCGAUGGGCUCUGCCGAGAGCCAGGACUCCCCGCUGAAGCUGAAGUACGAGGAGCCGGAGUAUGACAUCCCUGCCUUUGGCUUCGACUCAGAGCCCGAGCUGAGCGAGGAGCCCACGGAGGACAGCGGCUCGGGAGACAGGCGGCCCCCCCAGGCCCACAGGCCCUCCCCUGCCUCCUCGCUGCAGCGGGCCCGCUUCCGGGUGGGCGGCUCUUCAGAGGACGUGGCCGUGGAGGAGGAGACCAUCUAUGAGAAUGAGGGCUUCCGGCCGUGUGCGGAGGACGCCCUGUCAGCCAGACGCUCCUCCCGGGACAGCGACUCCCCUGGGGGCUCCCCUCUAUCCCUGGCCAGGAAAAACUCCCCCAAGUCGGGCUCCCCCAAAUCGUCAUCCCUCCUGAAGCUCAAGGUGGAGAAGAACGCCCAGGCGGAACUGGGGAAAAACCAUUCCUCGGCCUCCUUUUCCUCGUCCAUCACCAUCAAUACCACCUGCUCUUCCUCCUCCUCUUCCUCCUCCUUGUCCAAGAACAGCGGUGACCUGAAGCCCCGCUCUGCCUCGGACGCAGGCAUCCGUGGCCCCCCCGCAGUCGGGCCGAAGAGGGAUGCCGACCUGAAGGCGGGGCUGAGCUCGUGUGCCCGGGCCAAGCCGUCGGUCCGGCCCAAGCCGUUCCUGAGCCGGGCAGAGUCCCAGAGUCAAGAGAAGAUGGACAUCAGCACUUUACGGCGCCAGCUGAGACCCACGGGCCAGCUCCGGGGCGGUCUCAGGGGCUCAAAGAGCGAGGAUUCGGAGCUGCCCCCCGCCACGGCCUUCGAAGGUCCCAGUGAGGGGUCCAGAAGAGGCUCUGCUGACCUCAUAACCCCCCCAGCCGCCACACCCCCAUGUCCCGCCAAGAAGGGACGCGAAGGGCAGGCCACCUCCUACACGACAUGUAGCGCCUACCAGAAGGUCCAGGACUCAGAGAUCAGCUUCCCCGCAGGCGCGGAGGUCCAAGUGCUCGAGAAGCUAGAAAGUGGCUGGUGGUACGUGAGGUUUGGGGAGCUAGAGGGCUGGGCCCCUUCCCACUAUCUGGUGCUCGGCGAGAACGAGCAACCCGACUCCUCUGGCAAAGAGCCAGACACAGUAAGCCCCAAAAGCAAGCAGAACGAGGGCAAGUCCGACAGCCUGGAGAAGAUCGAGAAGCGGGUCCAAGCACUGAACACCGUCAACCAGAGCAAGCGGGCCACGCCGCCCAUCCCCUCCAAGCCCCCCGGGGGCUUCAGCAAGACCGCGGCUGCCGGCGCCGUGAAGAUGAGGAACGGUGUGCGGCAGGUGGCGGUGAGGCCCCAGUCGGUGUUCGUGUCCCCGCCGCCCAAGGACAACAACCUGUCCUGUGCCCUGCGGAGGAACGAGUCGCUCACGGCCACCGACGGGCUCCGAGGCGUCCGCCGGAACUCCUCCUUCAGCAGCGCGCGCUCGGCUGCCGCCGAGGCCAAGAGCCGCCUGGCCGAACGGGCUGCCAGCCAGGGCUCGGACACGCCUCUGCUGCCCGCCCAGCGCAACGGCAUCCCCGUGUCCCCCGUGCGCCCCAAGCCCAUUGAGAAGUCCCAGUUCAUCCACAACAACCUCAAAGAUGUGUAUGUCUCCAUCGCGGACUAUGAGGGGGACGAGGAGACGGCAGGCUUCCAGGAGGGCGUGUCCAUGGAGGUCCUGGAGAGGAACCCCAACGGCUGGUGGUACUGCCAGAUCCUGGACGGGGCGAAGCCCUUCAAAGGCUGGGUGCCCUCCAACUACCUGGAGAAAAAGAACUAACGGGAGGCUGUGGGUCCUUCCGGCCUGGGUGUGGAGGAGUGGUGAG